CUCCUGUCAGGGGGCGGGGCUUGAGUUGAGCUUGUAUCAGUCGUGCGUGGAGCCGAGGAGCGACAUCAGACUGGCUGCCUCUACUUCUUCUCUCCUUCUUCUCCUCACACUCGACCCAAGAGAUCAUGUCCCGUUACGACCCACAGGGUACAAUCAUGGAUGAAAUGGACUUUGAGCGGCGCCGGGAGCUGAGGAGGCAGAAGCGGGAGGAGAUGCGCCUGGAGGCUGAACGGUUGUCAAGGAACGACGAUGACGAGGAGGAGGCGGCCCGCGAGCGGAGGCGCCGGGCCCGCCAGGAGAGGCUGAGGGCCAGGGAGAUGGAAGACUCCACCCCGCAGCCCGACAGUCUGGUCGUGACCAACUGCCACAGCAUGCAAGAAAGCAUCUCGGUGAGCAGCUCUUUCGGAGGCGGCGAGGACGAGGACCAAGCGCUGCUGGACCGCAUGGCCCGGCGCGAGGAGCGCAGGCAGCGUCGCCUGAAGGAGGCGCUGGAGCAGCAGAGUCAGCCGGACGAGACGGAGGGCCACGACGGCGACAGCGGCGAGAGGAGCAAAAUGACGCAGGAGGACGAGGAGGAGGAGCAGAGGUCCUCCUCCUGGCGUCGGGAGAAGACGUACAGCUCGUGGAGAGAGGAGAAGGAGCCUGAGGCGGCCGGAGAAGAAGAAGAAGAAGAGGAGGCGGCGCCUGAGGUGGAGAAAGUGAUGGAGGCGGAGCCGAGGAGGUCUUACUCCAGAGAAGAGUUUUGCGAGAGAGGCCCGAGCAGGGAGGAGCAGAGGAAGCAGAACGGAGGCCUUCAUGAUGAUGAGGAGGAGGAGGAGGAGCAGCAGGGGGAGGCAGUGGUGGUGGAGGAGGAGGAAGAGGAGGCCACUCCAAAACAGUACUGGAAACCUGAGAGGACGCCCAGCCGAGGCAGCGCGCGUUCCCCCGAGGAGUUUGCCGACCAGGGGCCGGAUGACGACGACGACAACGAGGUCGUCCGCCUGGAGGCCGAGCGCAAGCUGGAGGAGCUGAAGCGCCGCCGUGAAGACGCCGAGAGCGAGGAGUUUGAGCGCAUGCGGCAGAAGCAGCAGGAGUCCGAGGCCCAGCUGGAGGAGCUGAAGAGGAAGAGGGAGGAGAGGAGGAGGGUGCUGGAGGAAGAGGAGAGGCAGAGGAAGCAAGAGGAGGCUGAGAGGAAAACCAGAGAGGAGGAAGAGAAGAGAAAGAUGAAGGAGGAGAUUGAGAGGAGGAGGGCGGAGGCGGCCGAGAAGAGGCAAAAAGUGGAGGAACCGGUGGAGGGCGAAGAAAAACCCUUCAAGUGUGUCAGCCCUCGCGGCUCCUCCCUCAAGAUUGGAGAGCGCGCCGAGUUUCUCAACAAGUCGGCCCAGAGAAGCGCAGUAAAGAUGUCCCCUUGCCCUGUGGUGUCCAAGAUCGACAACCGACUGGAGCAGUACACCUCGGCCGCUCAGCGAGAGAACAAGGAGUCGCGAUCCCCUCGCUCGGGCGCCGUGGAUCUCCCGGCGGUGACGGACAGCAUACGCAACAUCAAGAGCAUGUGGGAGAAAGGCAACGUGUUCAGCUCGCCAGGAAGCAGCGGCAGCGCCUUUAAGGAAGCAGCUGUAAUAAAGACGGGCGUGGCGGGCCGCAUCAACGAAUGGCUGAAUAAAACCCCUGAGAGCGGCAAGGCGUCAGGAGGAAGGCCAUCGGACCUGAAACCUGUGGACGUGACCAACAAGAGGAGUUUAUGGGAAAACAAAGGCUCCUCUCCGGCCAAGGCGUCGGGAAGAGGCGAGACCAAAUCAGUCACCAAUGGUAUGGGCCACUAAUGUCCAGAAGGAGCCACGACAAUCCAAGACUUUGGCUUGACGACCAAAAGGA